GCAUCACUAUUUCGUGUUCUCCGGGUUUGUUUUCCUUCCCUUGUGAAAUACCAGUGCCACAAAACUAAAUUCUACGCCUCUUCGCUGUUGACUCACGUAAAUAACCUUCACAUGGAGGACCACAACUCGGAGGAUCACGUUCCCUGCGCGGAUGGUACUCCGGUAUCAUCGCCACAGCUGAAUAUUUUGUGUGCGAUUUGCAACAUAUAUUUCCGGGCAAGCGAUGUGAUUUUCAGCACUGCUGCUUGUGGCCAUGUUUUCCACAAGAACUGCCUAACUCGCUGUCUGCGAACAUCCUCUAGCUGUCCUCAGUGCCGCUCCCACUGCUACAGAACGCGCAUUCACCGAAUUUACCUGAACUAUGCUGAACGCACUGAUUUCGACGAUGAACAGUUGCCGGAUGCACCCUUCGAGUGGGUGCCCAUGGAUCUGGAGCCGGGCGCUCCGACGGAUGCCCACCUGCCCCCUAAGGGAGCCAUACAAUGCGGCACAGACGAUGACGGCGAGCCAACUUACGUAGCUCGUGUCUACAUAGAAAACGAGCUACUCCCGGCCAGCUAUGUGCCCCAAAAGAAAGCCGUUAUCGCGUCCUGGAGCUGCCAGUCUAGAAGCCUUACCGAUGAAGUUGAAGUGCUUGUACUGAAGGACUGUGAUUACAAAUGGGUGGCCGGCGAGGCGGGAAGCUUUCCGGAAGAUGCUUUAAAAUCCGGAUACGGUGAUACCCAGGAAGUUACCUAUACCGGACGUGGUCUAUACAAAGGUAUCCAGAAGCUGGGAAAGGUGCAUCCCUCGCACAAAGUCUUGUACAUGGCCCACAACCAUCUCGAGGUGAACACCCGUACGUAUGAGGUCCUUGUGGUGACUCCCCGCGAACAAGCCGAUCGAUGAUCUGUUUCUACUUAUUAUGCUCCUCGAUGGAGAAUUAAUUCUUAAUUGAAUCUUUGUUAAAGUUA